UGCAGGAGGCGGGGAUGGAGGCGGGGAGCGGCGGGAGCUUUAGCCGAUGGCAGCGGCUGCCCGGCGGCGGAUGCCAGCGGCAACGGGGCGAUGGCGAGGAGCCGGGUGGUUUACAAGUACACGGAGGCGGAGGACAAGAGCAUGCGGCUGGGAUUCCUCCUCAUCGCAGCCGGCUUGCUGUCCCUGCUGGGUUUGGGGUGCUGCUGGCUGCGCCCGGCGCUGCAGGAGCGGGGCGGCGGCGGCUCCGCCAACUGCACGGUGCUGGCGGUGCGGCAGCUCGGAGAGCGCUUCGCCUGCACCUUCUCCUGCGGGGCCGCCUGCCGCGGCACGGCUCGGUACCCCUGCCUGCAGGUCCUGGUCCGCACAUCCCGCUCCCCAGCGCCCGCCCUGCUCCAUGAGGACGAGCGGCAGCUCCGCACCAACCCCAAGUGUUCAUACAUCCCUCCCUGCACAAGAGACGAUCAGGAGAACUCUGAGAACGUCACGUACAAGCAGAAAUACUGGAAGAAGAAAGUGGGUUCACAACCUUUUACAUGCUACUUUAACCAGCACUUGAGGCCAGAUGAUGUGAUGCUGAAGCGCACUCAUGAUGAGACUGUCCUCUUGCACUGCUUCCUCUGGCCCCUAGUUACGUUCCUGGUUGGAGUCCUCAUAGUGGUCCUGACCAUCUGUGCCAAGAGCUUGGCUGUCAGGGCAGAGGCAAUAAAAAAGAAGAAGUACUUGUAAGUGGCAAGGCUGCUGAUGGAGAAGAAAAACCUUCAAGAGGGUCUCAAGUGAGGCAGCUUGACACACAUGCAGGUCUCUGCAGGGGCACCCAGCUGUGCCUCAUUCCAGUGUCUCACCUGACAGUGGAGUUGCUCUUGCCUCAGGAUUACCCUUGGAAGGCUGCCCCAUGAAACGUCAGCUAAUUGCUUCUCCUGCUAUGGCAGUAAAUAAAUAUAUCCUACCAAAAAAACAUCUACACUGCACCAAAUACGCCGUGCACUGUUAGCCCUGAACAGCAGCUACCCAGCUCCUAGUGGUAUUGAGAGACAGUUUAUAAAAGCCCUUGAUGAUGCUCAUUUCAUCUCUACAAAGUGAUCUUUACUAUUGUUUAAUAGUAAAUAAUUAAACAUUUUAUGAUAGACUGAUAGACUGUAUUUCCAAAAUAAUAAAGUUUGGUUGUUUUGUUUUUUUAACCUUUGUUUUGUUUUGUUUUGUUUUGUUUGAAAAAGCUGUAAGACUAAAAUAACCUUGUGCUGAUUUUGUUGUUUUUUUUUUCACUGUGUAGAACUUUCAUUUAAAACUCAGACUUUAACUUCUGUCUAAACCGAGUCCUUCAUCAUUGCCUGUUCACUGUGAAGAUAUGUAGA